GUAAUUUCCCAGUGAGUAAGAUGCAGACCUGUAGCAGGAGGUGUGAGAGGGGCUGCAGGCGGAUGCCAGGCAUUUCUUACAGCAUUCUGCAAGGCAGACCGGACAUAUCUCUGAAGCGAUGUAAAUACUGAAUGAUGGAGUGUACCUGGAAGGCAGUCCUGUUGCUAGUGUUUGCUUCUCUGGGAAUCCAGUACACUGCCAUUAAAUCACUGAGAAUGGCUUACAAGGCUCCCUGCAUGGGUAUGGGAGUACAAAACCAAUGUCUGCAAAGAGAUAUCAAAAAUAAUGCUUCAAGAUUAUUGUGUGAAGGAACCAAUAACCUACACGCUUCACUACAGCAACAUAACAGAAAACACAUCAUUAUCCUUUCAAUGACCAGAAGCGGCUCCUCGUUUUUGGGGCAGUUUUUCAAUCAGAACCCUGACAUAUUCUAUUUGUAUGAACCUCUUUACCACGUGCAAAGGACCUUCGCCAACUCAAGCUCCCGUGUCCAAGUAGACAGGAGAGCCUUUGUCGGGGCCUACAGAGACCUCCUACAGAAUUUAUACGACUGCGAUUUCUACUUCCUUGAGAAUUAUAUCUGGCCGGCACCUAAAGAUCACGAAACCUCCGUAUUUUUUAGGAGAGGCGCAAGCAACGCCUUGUGUUCGCCCCCUUUAUGCGAUCAGCUUCAGAAAAUAGAAGAACACGUAUGUUCGAGGAAGUGCCCGCCGCUAAAUUUCACAGCGGUGUCCAAAUCAUGCCGGACAUAUAAACAUAUGGCGAUAAAAACCGUAAGAAUUCCUGAGGUCAACGAUCUGAAAACCCUCGCGGAGGACCCCAGAUUAAACCUUAAAAUAAUUCAUUUAGUGAGGGAUCCGAGAGGGAUCUUAGCUUCACGGAUUAGCACCUUUGUAGACCUCUAUCGGUCGUGGAAAAUCUGGAACUCUUCAGGAAGAAGACCAUACAGCCUUGACCUUACACAAAUCACGACGAUGUGCACGGAUCUCGCUUCCUCCGUACAGACUGGCUUCAUGAGGCCAUCAUGGCUGAAAGGGAAGUAUAUGCUUGUACGCUACGAAGAUAUAGCCAACGAUCCCGUGAAAAAGGCCAAAGAAAUGUAUGACUUCGUAGGCCUGGAAUGGAGAAAGGAUGUCCAACGAUGGAUUGAGCAGAACACCAACGGGAGCGUCACUCCGACAGCAAACUUCAAAUUUUCUACCAGUAGAAACUCGGCGGAGACGUCGGAAAACUGGAGGCUGCACUUACGCCUCGACAUAGUCCGAAAAUUACAAGAUUUAUGCAAUGGAACGUUUUCUCUUCUUGGAUAUAAAAUGGUAGAUUCCGUAGCGACACUGAAAAACUCGUCUACUAGUCUUGUGGAACCGAGAACAUUUUUAGCAUUUACAUAGGGAACCCGCAGAACUACUCGCGUCAGCUACAACUUCGAGAACCAAAAGUGAUUAAUGUGAGACGUUACUAAAAAUUGAAAUGGGAAUCUAACCGCAAAACGACAACUUGUCAUGGCGCCGUCCUGGCGCGUCUCGAGGAAAUUAAUUUUUGAGUGAUGUUGAAUCUAUAGCACAAUCUGGGGGGAAAAAGAAAGUUUCAUCGUUUUAAUAUGAAUAACAAAUUAGAUUUUUUAUGAAUAAAUCAUAUUUCUUAUUA